AUGGAGUCUGUAUCAGCCCCUGAACUAGUUAGCAGACUUGUUGACUGUGUAGCCCAGUUAAUAAUAAUAGUGGAAAAGAUUUUACAAUUAAUUUCCCAAGGACAAGGUCCUUGUGUAAACCAAAAUGAUGGACCAGAACAGGCAGAAGCAGGUGCACCUGCUUAUGAGGAAGAUUUGCUCCCAGACCUUGGUGAUCUCUCAGACUUAGAAUCAGUGUUUACAUCAAGAGAAGAUGAAGACCUAAUCCUUGACAUAGAUCAAACCAUGUUAGAGAUAGAUGAAACAUAUGACGAUGUACUACUCUCUGGGAUAAACGAAGACUUGGGAAAUGGGUAA